AUGGCGGGUCCGUGGAUAAGGAUAUUUUCACCGGAGCCAAACAGAAGAAAGCCAUUUGUUCCUGUUCCAAGUUUAAUGCGUAUGCCUCCUAGAGACGCUGAUCCGUUAACAUACUUCAAGUUGCUUUUCCCUGAUAUUCUGGCAAAAGAAAUCAUCAGACACACUAACACAUACGCCAAGGGUCAAUUCUAUGAUGAAAAUCUUCGACCAAGAUCGAGAACCAGGGAAUGGAAAAGGAUAGGAAUGACAGAUUUCCACAGCUUUCUAGCAAUUAUGUUCAACAUGAGCAUAAUAAAGAAACCUUCCAUGGAGGAAUACUGGAAUACUACAAUGAUCAGCCAACGAUCAAACUGGUUCAAACACACAAUGGGUAGAAACCGAUUUCAGAAUAUUCUGAAGUUUCUCCACAUCAACGAUUGCAGACAUGUUGCCGAGAGAAAUCAUCCUGGGUAUGAUCCAUCUGUCAGAUUUCGACCUUUAUUGCACUUCGUCAAUCGACAAUUCAUGCGCUUCAAGGUUCCAAACAGGGAGUUAUGCGUGGACGAGUCUCUUGUACCAACAAAGGGACACAGCGUUCUUCGACAGUACAUCCCAUCAAAGGUCGCGAGGUAUGGGGUCAAGUUUUGGGUACUGUGUGAGUCCUCUACAGGUUACGUGCUUCAGAUGCAAGUUUACAGGGGACGUGAAUUCGACCCAGUUCCACCAGGACAACUCCAAGGAACAAACGUAGUUGUAGAGCUCCUACAAGGAUCGUCACUUCUUCAUAAAGGCUAUCACGUAUUUUGUGAUAGUUUCUUCACGUCCUUGAAUCUUGGACACAGACUUCUCCAACUUAACACAUACUUGACCGGAACUUUACGAAAGAAUCGACCAAUGCCGCACCUCGUCAAGGACGCGAACCAGCCAGGGAACACUGUCUACUUGCGACGUGGCGACUUUUUGUGUCUGUCUCAUUUCGGCGCAGAUGAAAAGAAACCUGUCAGGUUAACGUUGCUAUCGACUAUUCUACCAGCACAAGAACUGGGAUCAGGUAAACCGCGUGUCAUCGCAUCAUACAAUACCAACAUGGGAGCGGUAGACAUGAAUGAUGGUAUUCUACAUUCAUAUGGAAAGCAGAGGAAAUGCCAAAAGGUAUGGAAGAAAAUACUGGUGCAUUUAUUGUUUAGAAUCCUUAUGAAUUCCUAUAUACUUUAUAAGGAAAACACUGCACUGAGAGUAAAAAGCCGCCUGCAGUAUAUCCAAGCCGUUAUUGAAGCACUCGCUGGAACGAAGAAACCUGACAACCCUCGCCGCCGAGCAGUGAAGAAAGUUUCCUUAAUCACUUUGCCACAAAAGAAGGAGAAAGACUGCUGUGUCUGUUCUUCACGUAUGCGCCAUGGCCGUGGAAUACGUCGUCGGAGCAGAACGAUUUGUUCAUUGUGUGAGCGGGGACUUCAUCGUCAAUGUAUUGGACGGCAUUUGAACUGCAUUGAACAAUAG